AUGCGAUGCGCGAGCAAGGCCGCCGAGAGCGCGUCCGCACGUCUCUGCGCUCGUCAUGAAGACACUCAUGUCUUCACAGAGUAUGAGAUCGGUGUCUCAUACUCUCCCGAUACGGAAGAUGGAUCUGCAUCGAAGGCGGUUCAAAUCAAGCCGCCUGCCAAGCGUGGCAUGGAUGAUGCUAUGCGUCGUAGCAUCUUUGGUUCAUCUGACGAAUCAGAUGAACCAUCACCGAAGCGAAGGCGCUCGAGGUCGCAAGACUCGGGCGCUGACAGUGGUGUCGGUUCUCCUAUGGACACCACUCCGCAACGAGGUGCCAGUACUUCUGUCGGCACGUCGCAGGAAGAGCGGGAUCGCAAUGUCUUGCGUCUCGCUCCCGAGAAGAAGGCGUGGAUGCCUCCUAAAUCCGUCAUGGAUCACUUGUCGGCGACGACGAGUGAUCGUUAUCGAACACGAUUUGGGAAUCACAAACGUGAUGGUCCCUCACUACUUCAGGCGUGGAACGCCUACAUCCAUAACCUCGAGGAUGUAGGUCGUGACGCUUGGAACGACAAACUUAUCAAAGCUCGUGAUAAGUUUGAAAAGCGAACCCCGACAGGUGCACGCUACAAGCUGCAUCGUCUGUCAAGGGAGAAAGGAUUACCCUGCCUCUCUUGGGGAGACUCGUGCCCAUGUUGUGUGAACAACUCUGCACGAGCACCUAAGGAGGCUUACCUCCUUACCAGCCCGUGGUGGCGCGUACGUAUCUCUAUUGAGAUGUACGAAGGGAUUGACAACCUGAAAUCCCUUUACGACCGUGCCGGGAAGACUUUCUCCGGCGGUCCUUCUGCGGCACAGGAUGUGCCGCGUCGUACUGCUCGACCGGACCCAGUGCGUCAGCCGUCAGUUGGGAGCGGGGCUCCCAAGUAUCCCAGGACGGGGGAUAGCCGCGCCACCGGACGAGAUAGCUCGUCCGACAUCCGUUCACGUCGCGGUGGUUCAACAGCUGCUCAACUAGAUAGCGCUGGCCACCGCGAGAGUCCUCUAAUGGAGGUGGAGGAGGAGGGAAGACGCUCUCCUGACAAUCGUGGGGAAGCGUGUGUUUCCGAGAGCUUCUUUGAUCUCGUAACGCAAGCGUUACGCGGCGAUCUCGAGCAUGAGCGGGACAGGCGUCUCCAACUGGCGGACACUGUCUUGAAGCAUCAAGCUGAGUUUGCCUUUGCUCAGCUUGAGAACGAGAGAGCUCUGACAUCUCUGCGUGACGAGUUAAGGGUAGCUCGUGUGGAUAUCGACCGGUCUCGGGCUGAGAUAACUGCUCUUCAGACCCUUGUCGAUGCCCACCAUCGGGAGCACAAGGCUCUCUGCGAGAUGCUUGAGCGCAAGGGCGUUCUUCAUCGGAAGAAGCAGCGUACUGAUGGUACGGCUUAA